AAAGCGCGCAAGCGCAAGCGGACAGUUGUUUACUUUAUUGACAGUUCUUAUUUGCAGCGAUCAGUUGCUAUUCAGCUUCUGUAGAGAUUUCAUUUAAGACUGGUAAAAAAAUGUUGCGCAACAAGCGUUGCAAAGAUAACAUGAUUUACAUUACACGAUUGACGCGUCAGGUUUUAAGCUUGCUCGGGGUCUGGCCAUCCUACGACAGAAAAAGAUCUACCGGCGAGAGUAUCUGGAAAUAUUUCUUAAUCUCCAUGUCUUACAUUCUUCUCUACUGCGUCUUGAUCCCCGGAGGUUUUUUCUGGAUAAUUGAGAAGAGAACACGCGUCAGAAUCCAAACGAUCCCUCUGCUUCUCUACGGCUUCAUGGCCUGCGGUAAAUACGGCAACCUUAUAUUUCGGGAGAAAAAUAUCAGGAGAUGCUUAAAGCACAUUGAGGAAGAUUGGAGGAUCGUAACCAACGUGGAUGCGCGAGAUACAAUGAUCGAAUCGGCGAAUAGCGGAAGACGCUUGGUCACGCUUUGCGCGGUCUUCAUGUACGGCAGCGGACUCUCCUUUCGAUCGAUCCUGCCGUUCGCCAAGGGAAAGAUCGUCACCGCGCAAAACAUUACGAUCAAACCCUUGCCUUGUCCGGCUUACUUCUUUUCCUUCGAUAUACAAGUCAGCCCCUUUUACGAGUUGGUCUUUGCAAUACAAUUUUUAUCUGGGAUAGUCACCUUUUCGAUAACAACAGCUUUAUGUGGUCUUGCCGCCGUUUUCGUGAUGCAUGCCUGCGGCCAGCUGAAAAUUCUGGUGGAUCUGAUGAGAAAUCUCGUCGAGGACCAGUGGCAAGAAAAAGAAGAAGUGGACAAGAAACUGGCUAGAAUGGUCGAACAUCAAAUAAGAAUUCGAAAUUUUUUAAAAUUGAUAGAAAAUACUCUACAACAAGCAUGUCUAAUAGAGUUGUUGGGAUGCACGAUAAUAGUCUGCCUUCUAGGAUAUUUUAUAAUAAUGGAAUGGGAGAAUAGUAAUUCAGUAGCUAUGUGCUCCUAUUUUAUAUCAUUUACAUCUAUGAUGAUAAAUAUGUUUAUAUUCUGUUACACCGGUGAACAACUGACCGUUCAGGCGGAAAGCGUAGCUAGAGCAUCUUGCGAGCUGGAGUGGUAUCGUCUUCCAGAAAAGAAAGCGCGAGGGAUCGUGCUAGUGAUAAUCAUGUCAAAUUUGCCCAUCAGAAUCACCGCUGGAAAAAUGGUGGAUUUGUCACUCAAGACGUACGGCAAUGUUGUGAAAACAGCUGUGACAUACUUUAAUAUGCUUUUAAAUAUAACCGAUUAAAUUUUCCUGAUACAAUAUCUUUUUUCUUGUCAUCAAAACUGUGAC